GUCAGCCACCCGGAGACAACAACCUUAGCCCCUUCUCCAGCUUCCCCUUCCUCACCGGCCACGCCUCUCUCGCCACGCCUCUUCUCCGGCGACCGCCGCCGCCGCCGCCGAAGAGGAUUCGUGAAGUGGUCCAUGUCCAUGUCCACGGCCGCGUCGUCGUCGGCAUCGGCGGUCCGGCCGCCGCCGACGUGGGGGGCGCCGUCGCAGAGGCGGCUGGUGGAGCAGCACCUGGCGUCGCUGCCGCGCGGCCUCCCGCGGGCCGCCCACGUGCGGGAGCUCCACGCGCAGGUGCUCAAGCAGGGCCUCCACCUCAACCCGCGCGCCGCGGCGAGGCUGGUGUCCGCCUACGCGCUCCUCCGCCUCCUCCCGUCCUCCCGCCGCGUCUUCGACGCGAUCCGGGACCCGCACGCCGACGCCUUCCUCGCCAACACCAUGCUCCGCGCCUACGCGCUGGGGGGGCGCCCGCGCGACGCGCUCGCCGCGUUCUCCGCCAUGCCGCGCAGGGACAGCUUCACCUACUCCUUCCUCAUCAAGGCGCUCUCCGCCGCGGGCGUCGCCCCGGUCCGCGCGGUGCACUCGCACGUCGUCAAGCUCGGGUCCGUCGAGGACACCUUCGUCGGGAACGCGCUUAUCGACGCCUACUCCAAGAACGGCGGGUUCUCGGACGCCCGGAAGGUGUUCGACGAAAUGCCGGAGCGGGAUGUCGUGUCCUGGAACACGGCUAUGGCGGCGAUGGUGCGGGAGGGGGAGCUGGCUGGCGUGAGGAAGUUGUUUGACGAGAUGCCAGAGAAGGACACGGUGAGCUGGAACACGAUCCUGGAUGGCUACACAAAGGCAGGGGAGGUGGAGGCGGCUUUCGAGCUGUUUCAGCGCAUGCCGGAGAGGAAUGUCGUGUCGUGGUCGACGAUGGUUUCUGGUUACUGCAAGAAGGGUGACCUGGAGAUGGCUCGGGUGAUCUUUGACAAGAUGCCUAGCAAGAACUUGGUGACAUGGACUAUAAUGGUCUCGGCAUGUGCACAGAAAGGGCUUGUUGAUGAGGCAGGUAAGUUGUUUGCUCAGAUGAAGGAGGCUUCCGUGGAACUUGAUGUUGCCGCGGUUGUGAGUAUCCUGGCUGCGUGUGCAGAGUCAGGCUCUCUUUCACUUGGAAAGAGGAUUCACCGAUACGUGCGAAAGAGGAAUCUAGGGAGAUCAACCCAUGUGUGCAAUGCACUGAUUGACAUGUUUUGCAAAUGUGGGUGUGUGAACCGAGCGGAUUAUGUCUUUGACACUGAGACUGUUCAGAAGGAUUCGGUGUCAUGGAACAGCAUCAUUGGAGGUUUUGCAAUGCAUGGGCAUGGAGACAAGGCACUGGAGCUCUUUGCUCAAAUGAAGCAACAGGGAUUUAACCCUGAUGCUGUGACAAUGAUCAAUGUUCUUAGUGCAUGCACACACAUGGGGUUUGUGGAUGAGGGCCGCCGGCAUUUCUCCAACAUGGAGAGGGAUUAUGGCAUCAUGCCUCAGAUAGAGCAUUACGGUUGUAUGAUCGACCUUCUUGGCCGUGGAGGGCUCAUCAAGGAAGCUGUCGACCUCAUCAAAAGCAUGCCUUGGGAGCCUAAUGAGGUUAUAUGGGGAUCCCUUCUCAGUGCAUGCCGACUGCAUAAGAAUGUGGAGUAUGCAGAAAUAGCAGUGAACGAGUUGAGCAAGCUGCAGCCGUCGAAUGCAGGGAACUAUGCUGUCCUCUCGAACAUCUAUGCUGAGGCUGGGCAGUGGAGUGACAUGGCAAAGGCAAGGAUGCAGAUGAAAGGAACUGGGUCGCAGAAAACAGCAGGAUCAAGCUGGGUCGAACUCAAUGAGACGUUCCAUGAGUUCACCGUGGGGGAUAGAAAGCACCAAGAUUCAGACCAGAUAUCUGAGAUGGUUGACAGAUUGAGCUCGCAUGUUAAGCAUGUUGGCUGUGUUCCAGCAGGCCAUGAGCUGCUUGUGCAGUGAGUCGUUUAUUAGGGCAAUGCAUGCUUAUAGGCUAUUGCAAAUUUGGGAACCUCUGCCUGGUCAUUAACCUUGCAGAUCAUGUGAUCUGAAGAAAGGAAGCACCAUUCCUUGUACUGCCUGCAAUCAAGAAGGUGGUAGGACAUGGUACAGAAGCUUCUUUGAUUGAGUGAACAGCCUUGGAUGUGUUGAAAGCUUGAGGCAUUCAUCAGCUUCUGCGCAUCUGCCAUCAGGUUUGCUCUGUUAAUGACUGUUACCAUGACGACAGAUGAUGAUGGGGGUGACUGACAAAACACUGACAAUGGUCGGAUAGUUCAUGGUUAGGGCCUUCACUUCAUCUGGUUAGACAAAACCGAAACAAAGGUUUAUGGUUAGGGCCUUCUGAAAAAGCAGAAGACAGGAACUCAAGAUUCAACAGAGCAGCAUUUUUCUCUUUCCACUGCAACAGUACAAUGUUAGCGCAUAAGAAUAGUAUAUUUUGGAGGUUUUACAGUUCUUGACUUCAUAUUUUACAUGUAUCAUCCUUUUCUAAACGAACGUAUGAAUGAAGAAGUAUAUAUUGUUCUAUCAAAUUUCAAUGCAGAUAUCUUCAUGCAUUGAGAACAUAUUUGUGGUAUUUCACAUAAAUACAUGUAGACCAUCUAUUCAAAUUUUUGUAUAUUGUAAAGAAUCACAUUUUA